AAUACUACCUCUCCUCCUCUUGUUUCAGCACCGCAAAAACAUCCUGCAAAUCAACAAAAUCUCUCCCCCUUUUGUGAUCUUAUAAAAUCCUAAGUUAUAAUGGGUGUUAUCACUUUGGAAAACGAGUUUGCCGUCGCUGUCGCCCCGGCCAAGCUUUUCAAGGCAUACUGCCUUGAAAUUGACACUCUUUUGCCUAAAAUUCUACCGGAGCACAUUAAGAGCUCUGAGAUAAUUGAAGGAAAUGGAGGGCCUGGAACCAUCAGGAAGAUCACUUUUGCUGAAGGUAAAGAACUCAGUUAUGCCAAGCAAAAGAUUGAAGUUAUUGACGAAGAGAACUGGACCUACAGCUUCAGCUUGAUUGAAGCCAAUGUUUGGAAGGAUGCAGUUGAAAAGGUGACUUACGAGCACAAGUUCGUGCCAACUCCUGAGGGAGGUUCCAUUUGCAAGAGAACCAGCACAUAUUACAUCAAGGGUGAUGCUGAGAUCAACAAAGAUCAAAUCAAGGAUGUGUAUGGCAAAAAGACAGCAGGCUUGUUCAAGGCUGUUGAAGCCUACUUCCUGGCCAAUCCAGAUGCCUAGAUACGAGAAUUCCUAUGCUUUAUUGUCUCUUUUGUUUGUUUGCUUUUUUUUAAUCAAAAGGAGAGUGGCUUUGGCGUGACAAUAGUUUUUUUUUUUCCUUUAUUUUUGUUAUAUGGGAAAAACUCUAGCACGUCGAGCAUCCACUAUUCCUUGUUGGUGUGGUUAUUUGUACUGUACCAUUUCUAUCUGUGAGUGAACAUUAUUGUAUUGUUUGCAAUAUAAAAUAAAAUCCAACUUGUGAUUAA